AUGCCCCUCCUUCCCCAACCCCCACCACUUAACCACAUGCUCCUCCUUUCCCAACCCCCACCACUUCACCACAUGUCCCACCUUUCCCCAGCCCCCACCACUUUACCACAUGCCCCUCCUUCCCCCAACCCCCACCACUCCCCCAACCCCCAACCACAUGCCCCACCUUCCCCCAGCCCCCACCACUUUACCACAUGCCCCUCCUUCCCCCAACCCCCACCACCCAACCCCCACCACUUAACCACAUGCCCCACCUUCCCCCAGCCCCCACCACUUUACCACAUGCCCCUCCUUCCCCAACCCCCACCACUUAACCACAUGCCCCUCCUUCCCCCAACCCCCACCACUUCACCACAUGCCCCUCCUGCCCCAACCCCCACCACUUAA